CUUCCUGAAGAAACGUUGUCAAUAAUUUUCUACCACUGCGUUUAUUGUUUUGCUACGAAGCUGUUGUUUUUGCAAAAUACAGCUAGCAAAAUGUACAGCUAGACCGUGCAUGAGUGAAAUUUAUCGCGUUAUAGGGCAAUCUUCUAGCCGGUGGCUCACCCAAACGUGUGGCUAAUUAAGAAGUGACCGUAAAGUGCAAAACGGUGCAUCACGGAGCGAUCGUGUAUGGCUUUGUUGUAUAAGCAAGGGCAAUCGGGACUCUAAUGUUGUUGCAAAAACAGUAAAUGCGCGAGCCACAAUGAGUGAACGGUGGAACAUUAGCAAUAGUGCGUUGCGAGGUGGUUUGGGCACUAGUAGCGGCACGGGCAGUGGAACCAAUACGGGCAGCAACGGUGUUGGCAAUGGUUGCAUUAGCUUAGGUCAUCCAGCAGGAGCAGCGACGGGAGAUGGCAGCACCGGUGGGACAGCAAUAUCAACAACAGGACCACACAGUACGGGAAACAUCAGCGGGCCUACAACCUUCAGUGCGCCAAACGGAGAGUCUGGAAUUUUACGGCGAACGGGCCAUUAUCAUCAUCUCGGUGGCGCACCGGACAACUUUGACGAUCUGCUAGUGUUCGGAUACUCGUGCAAAAUCUUCCGCGAUGACGAGAGAGCACGGUUCAUCGAUCAGGGCCGGCAUCUGAUACCGUGGAUGGGCGACAAUCAGUUGAAGAUAGACAGAUAUGAUGCCCGCGGUGCAUUACACGAUCUUUCGCCGUACGAACCACCUCCGGGUGGAUAUCAAGAUCGUUUGUUGGGUCUUACGGCGGCAGAGCAAAAGGCGGAACAGCUGUGCGAAGAGGAACGAUACUACAGUCUGUACAACAAUGAAGUUGAGGAGGAAAUGUAUCAAGAAGAAGCUCGCAAGCGGGAAACACAGUUGGGCAAUCAGGUGCCCUUCAACUACGACGCACCAGUACCUCAGGAAGGGGCAUCCGUAGCGACAGUAGAAGAACGUACCAGCGCCGAUGAGCAAGACGAUGAUCCGUACAAAAUCCCGAAAGGUUUUGAAAUUCCUCCGGACAUUCGAUUACCGGAAACCAUGAAGGAGCACGCUAUUAUUGAGAAGACGGCCAAAUUCAUCGCUUCCCAGGACGCCCAAAUGGAGAUUUUGCUAAAAACGAAACAAGCCAACAAUCCGUUGUUUAAUUUUCUCAACCAAAAUGAUCAUUUAUUUCGCUACUACCGACAUGUGUUACUUGCUUUUCGUACCAAUCAAUAUCCAAUUGUGCCGGAGCAACAAAGCGACGAGGGAAAGGGCCCCAACAGUGAGAAUGGAACAGAUACAGAGCAGAGCGAAUCAUCCGCCCAGAUACAGCCGAAAAUUGUUGUUCCAGCCAUCAAAUACAAACCAUCGGUGGACUGUGCUUAUACGCAGUUAAUUAGCAAGAUUACGGGUGCGCCUAUUCCGACAAUGAUUGCGGAGGAACCAAUUGCCGCAGCGGAAACAGCGGAAAUUGAACACAAUCCGGAAGGUUCAGGUGCCUCUGUGGCGGUAAAGAAAGUAUCCACCGGUUUGGCUGGGUUAGUACAGUACGAUUCCGACAGCGGUGAUAGUGACGAGCAUGGGAACGAUAGUGAAUCGGACCAGAAAGAGAAAAAGAAAAUGGAAAGUCCAAAAAAGGUUAAGGAGCUCGCACCAUUCCAGGGCAUUGUUCCACCGCUAGCUAUUCACAAUGUAAUCGAUCGGACGGCGAUAUAUGUGGCGAAGAAUGGAUACAGCUUCGAGGAAGCCUUGCGAGCCAAAAAUGAUGCUCGCUUUGUGUUUCUGAACCAAGCGCACGAAUUCUACCCGUACUAUGCGUAUCGCGUGCGACAGCGCAUGAACGCAGGUGAGCAUGGAUUAGGAUUACAGCCACCCAGCCCACCACCGGCGAAGGUGCGAUUGGAAACCGAGAACGGAACCGUCGUGGAAACGACACCAAGUCUUGGCAUAAAAGCUGUACAUACGGCCGCUCCCAAAACCGCUCCCAUGCCAGUGACAAACAUUCAGCACCAGAAGCUAGGGGCACCGGUAAGCUUUUCACUCGUGCGAAAGCAGAAAGAAGAUGGCGGUGCGGUAAAAACGAUGCCGGGCUUAGGGAGCGAUGAGGAAGAAGAUGAUAAGGAUCUGAAGCAACAGGAAGCUGACGACGAUAAAGAGCAAAGCACUGAAAGUGAUAUGGUAAACAAAUCAACAGACGGUAAGGAGCAUGAUUCGAAUGAUAUUGUGAUGCUUCCGAAGGUACUGAAAGAGGACACCGAAAGCGAACUGUUUUUAGAUGGAGCGGAUGUAUUGGAAGCAACCUCACCAUCGGCCUCUACUGUCACUUCUGCUGGAACUCAACGAAACGAACGUGAGCCGAUAGAUGCGAAGGAAAAACAGGCAGAGCGUAAAAAACGUGCCAACCUGUUCGUGAAUCUAAUCAAACACGUAGAACGGAAGGUUGAUGUAUCGCAAGAACUGGUGGAAAAUAAUACGUUGGUUGAAAAACAAGCAGAUGCUGAAUUCGCACCGCAAGACACUGCUAAUAGUGACGCGGAAGUCGAAUCAAUCCAUUCAGUGCGCUCGACCAGCAUGUCACCGAAAGAAGUGGCUACGAAAAUAUCACCUGUGAACACCAACAUAGCCACAACAGUGAUUGAGGAUGACGAUGAUGAUGAUGUCGUACUGGUAAGUGAAACACGCCCAAUGCCUAAUCCAAGGUCUCGAUCGCAUUCCCAUGCGGAUUACGCUUCCGAAACGCAGCGGUCCGGCAAUGGUACCGAGCGGAGAUCGAAAAAGAAAAAAUCCAAAAGCCAUCAUCGGUCGACACGGGUAAAGAAGAAAUCGAAGAAAAAAUCACGCUCCCGAUCAGUGUCCCGUUCCGAACGUUCCUGCUCACGGUACUCGCGUAGUCGCAAGCGUAGCCGCAGCAGAAAUCGCCGUGAUCGCACUAAAUCCCGCAGUCGAUCCAGCGAUGAGGAUAAACAAUCCACCAAGCAUGGUGAUCGUAUCAAGCUAAUGAAAAAUACCAAACGUGCCACCCGUAGCAGAUCGAUUAGCCGAUCGCAGUCCCGCUCACGGUCACCCAUUUACAAGCGUUCCCGUUCGCGUUCCACCACGAAACGAUCGCGCAAACGGAACGCAUCCUCCGAGAGACAUAAACGGAAGCAUCGAUCGCGCAGUCGCAGCUCUCGGCGGAACAGCGACAGUGAAACGGACGAUCGUAGUCGGCAUCGUGCACAGCGAAAGCGUGAUGGACACUACGAGUACGAUGAGCGGUAUCCACCGGCAAGGGCACGAUACUGGGAUUGUUAAAAAAGGCGGGACGACUGAUUUUGGAUUGGGAAAAGUGAGUUGACUAAAACAAAUGGAUGUAAUGGAUGUAAGUUAGUAAAAUAAAUAUGAGUUACGGAUAAUCUGA